CACUGGGGCGGCGGGGAUGGCGGCUGGGCGGGGAGGUCGGGGCCCGGGCGCGGGGCGCACGCGUGAAGCUGCACCGCACGUGUGAAAGGAAUUCUCCUUUUCAGAGCGGUCGGGAGCCGCGCUCGGAGGGAGCGUGCCAGGGUCGCCGCCGCGGCAAAGCGGGGUUAGGAAUCGGGAGCAAUGGGCGACUGGAGCUUCCUGGGGCGACUCCUGGAGAACGCGCAGGAGCACUCCACGGUCAUCGGCAAGGUCUGGCUCACCGUGCUGUUCAUCUUCCGCAUCCUGGUGCUGGGCGCCGCGGCCGAGGAGGUGUGGGGCGACGAGCAGUCGGACUUCGUGUGCAACACGCAGCAGCCCGGCUGCGAGAACGUGUGCUACGACAGGGCCUUCCCCAUCUCCCACAUCCGCUUCUGGGCGCUGCAGAUCAUCUUCGUGUCCACGCCCACGCUCAUCUACCUGGGCCACGUGCUGCACAUCGUGCGCAUGGAGGAGAAGAAGAAAGAGAGGGAGGAGGCGCUGCCGCGGGGCGACGGCCCGCAGCAGGGCGCGGCCGGCCCGGGGGACAAGCCCCCGGCGCGGGACGACCGCGGCAAGGUGCGCAUGGCCGGGGCCCUGCUGCGGACCUACGUCUUCAACAUCAUCUUCAAGACGCUGUUCGAGGUGGGCUUCAUCGCCGGCCAGUACUUCCUGUACGGCUUCGAGCUGAAGCCGCUGUACCGCUGCGACCGCUGGCCCUGCCCCAACACGGUGGACUGCUUCAUCUCCCGGCCCACGGAGAAGACCAUCUUCAUCAUCUUCAUGCUCGCCGUGGCCUGCGCGUCCCUCCUGCUCAACAUGCUGGAGAUCUACCACCUGGGCUGGAAGAAGCUCAAGCAGGGGGUGACCAACCGCCCGGGCGCCGAGCCCGCGGAGGCCGGGGUGGUGGCCGCGGAGCCGCUCGCGCUCCCCGCCGCCUCGGGCCCCGCCGCCGUCGCCAUCGGCCUCCCGCCCCACUACACGCGCUCCGCCGCGCCCCCCGCGCAGGCCGGGCCGGCCGGCUACCCCGCCUUCCCGCCGCCGGCCGACUUCCAAGCGGUAGCCCCGUCCGAGGCGCCCGGGAAGGGCCACUCCGCCAGACUCUACAGCGGCCACCACCUGCUGAUGAGCGAGCAGAACUGGGCCGGCCCGGCGGCCGAGCAGCAGGCCCCGGCGCGCAAGGCCUCGCCCGCCGCGGCCGCGCCCAGCCCCGCGGGCAGCAGCCCCGGGCCGCUCCCGCCCGACGGCGCCGACACCGAGGCCGAGGCCGAGGCGGGGGGCGCGGCGCCCCUGCUGCUGGCGGACGGCAGCGGCAGCAGCCUGGAGGAGAGCGCCCUGGCCGUGACUCCCGAAGAGGAGGAGCAGGCGGUGACCACCGCGGCCGAGAUGCACGCGCCGCCCUCGGUCCCCGCAGACCCCGCAGACCCCGGGCGGGCCAGCAAGGCCAGCAGCGGGCGGGCCAGACCGGACGACUUGGCCAUCUAG